CUGAUAUGAUAUUUUUCCGAUGUAUGAAAUCAAAAACUGUGAGCCGAUAUUGAGAUUAACAUUACCAGAUACCCGAUAUUUAGGUAGCUACCAAUAUUGUUCGUGUAAGGUAAUUUAAAAAAAAAUAUAUUAUUUACAAUCAUUUUGAUUUACAUAAUUUAAGUAAACGAUUUUUUAUAUUGUAAUAUUAGUCCAGGCAAAUUAAAAAAAAAAAAAAAAAAAAAAACAGGAUAACUUAAUUUUGGUAUACACCUUUAUUGAAGGUUAAUGACCGUUCCCGAACGUAACAAAACACGAUUUUUGGUUAAACUCAGAAAUAUUUUUUGAUGCAAAGUCCAAAAACAGAGUAUACAGUAUUAUAAUUACUAGGUGAUUGGUUCACAAAUGGCGAAAACAAUAAGUACUUGAAAUUUUUUAUAAAGUUCUGUGUUAUUCUAUCCAAUAAACCACUCCAAUUAGGAAUAUUAAUUAUUGUCAAGUGUUUACCAUACAUCCGCAUUAAAUCCCGGGUUUCUGUUAAUAAAUUGUAAUCGCUAAUGAUUCCCAGUCGUGAUAAAUCUUCUAGAAUAAUUUUUGUAAAAAACGCAUUUUUCCUUCUUGCUCGAAUGUUUGAAAUGCAACUUGAUGGCGUAAUCGAUUUUAAUCGAUUUAUCGGACCACUCGAUUUUUCAAACCGUUUUGGUCUAAUACAACGUGUACCGCCCGUUGAAUGAAACGUAUUUAAACCACCGAAUGUAUUAGUAUUACCAUUCGCAUUGUCGAAAACAUACUGACUAAACGCCCCAGUAAUAAAAGUUGGCUGUGCGCUAACUGUGACUGACGAUUCAAAAAUCAUUGCUACAUUGUACGUUGCUCAAACUCCCGUACUUGACAUUAUUGAAAUUGAUUCAUUAAACCCGAACGCUCCGUGUAAGUAAAUGGAGGUGCCAAUUAGUAAUGGAAAAUAAAACGACUCGGGUCUAAUUGCAGGUAUUAUAAAUAUGCGCCGGUACGUUUCCUAUGCGAAUUUAUUUUUCAUUUUUUUAAAAUGUGUUCUUUAAUGAGCGUUUUAAGAAACAAGUUAAAAGCUUCAGAAAUUUGAUUUUUGCCAAUCAUACAAAAAAUUGUCAAACAAAGGAUAAGUAUCCAGUUCAUAAAUUUGAGACUUAAUUUCUUCCCUUAUAAUUUUCGCUGUAUUUACUGCAUUGGUAGUUUACGGCCGGGUGUAAUCCUUACGAAAUUUUCGGCGUACUUUUACAUUUUCGUAACAAUUUUAACCACUUAUCGUCAAAUCUUUGUUUACUCGCAUUUAUUAAUGACCUUUAGUGUGUUACUAAGUACCUUUCAAUUAAGGUGUGUACCAAAAUUCAGCUUUCCGUUUCUUUUUCCCGCUAUUUGUCAAAAUUAAGUCUAAUUUGCCUGGGCUAUAUGAUAAUCGAAAUUACAAGUUUAUUAAAAAUAGGUAAAUUUUUAGAAAAAAAAAAAUUGUUUUGAACAGGUACUCAUCAUUAAUUUAAACCACCCGAAAACGGAGGGUUUUUUUUUUUUGUAAAAACCCGUGUUUUAAUCGCCCCAGUAGUUUUUGAGUCUAUCGGUUACAAACAGACAUUACUUUCUGUACGUACAAUUGUUAAAACUUUAAAAGUCGUUUGAUUUACCUGUGUAUACGCGUGUAGGUAAUGAAAUAUAUAAAUAUACCUAGGUACUUAAAUGUUAUUAUUUUAUAAACAUUAAUUUGUCAUUUAUUUAUAUUUAUAAAUAAAAUUUAAAAAAUUAACUAGUGUAUGAAAAAUAAAUUAUUUUAUUAUUAGUUGUACAAUUUGUUUAAGCAACAAAAUCAUUUAUUUAUAUAGAUUAAUGGUGACAUAGGUUUCGUAUUUAGUUAAUCCAGUAGGUGUCUACUAUACUCACCAUACGUUUAUUUAUACAGUAUAAACUGUAUAGUACAUUAGCAAUGUGCUCUAUUCUAUAAUUCGUGUAAUAUUAUGACUAUAGUAUAUUAAUAAUUGAAAUUAGCAAAAGCUGAUUUAAUUGGUUUCCACGCGUUCACUGUCAACGUUGUAAUUGAUAGGUACCUACUAAAAAUGCUGACUAUAGUUAUACGCAAUGGAUAGGCCACAGUUGUAGACGACGGUCACCAAUAGCGGCAAUAGGAACAUAUUUAUAUCUUAUUAUCAUUGUCUAAUUAACACUUAAUUUUUUAUUAUUUCAUUAUUUAUUUUUCAAUAAUUGCUUGAAAUUUUAUUUUCAACAUCAUGUCAUUUACAAAAUAUAUCAUCCUGCCGCCCCACCGACGAAAAAAUAUCAAUUGCACAGUAGGUAUUACCAUUGAUUAUACUUAAUACUAUGUAGAUUACCUUUUUCUUUCACCCAUAGCAACAAAUACUAACAACAAAAAGUUUAGUGUUUUCAGCCAAACAAAUAUUAUUGUAAGUCAAUACUGGCAUAGAAUAUAAAAAUUUAAGUUUAUUUAAUAUAUUAUAAAAUCAAUUGUACUAAAUAGGUAUCAAUAGUGUAUAGGUACCUAUAAUUAUAUAAAUAUGUCUUACAGAGAUUUAUUCAGUAAGUAAUUUAGACAAUUACUAUUAUAAUACUAUAGUAACUAUACCAUAUUUAUAAUUUUAUAAUUAUCUAUAAACAUUACUAAAAUAUAUAAGUAAGUAAGUUAAGUAAGUAUUCCUUAUUUUGAUAUUUCUAGGGUUUACUGAAGUCAUGAGAUCUCUAGGAUUCCAUCAACAAAUUUCAAUGGAUAGUUUCCACAAUCCAAAUUUUCCUUUAGUGGCAGAAGUUUUACUUUGGCUAGCUUUACGUUUUGAACCAGAUACUAAUUUACCACAAGAAAUCGAAACAUCUGAACAACGAGUAUAUUUCAUUCGUUCUAUUGUAGAAUUUUUUGUAAGUCACUAUUAAAACGCAUUUAAAACUUUUCAUAUAAUAAUGCAAAAAAAACUACCUCUUACAUUUAUUCUUUAAAUUUGUAGGCUCUUAAAACUAAUAUUAAGUUAAAUGUAAAGAAACUGUAUCAAGCUGAUCGAAAUACAGUUGGAGAGUUAUUAAAAAUAACAGAUUUACUAAACGAUGCACUGAACACAAAAAAAACAUAUGACAAUGAAAAUUUUUCUAAAUUAGACACCAAUUUAACUUAUAAAGUAUUUUAUGUUUAACACUAUAGAAAAAGAAAGUAUGAAAAAUGACGAAUUAUUUUUAUGUAUCUAAGGCAAAUGAACUAAAAACUACAAGAGAGCUGGCAUCUAAAAUUACUCAAAAAGGUGCGGUCUUAUUUCGUUCCUUAGAAGAAGAAGCUGAACUACGGCCAAUCAGAGAUAGUCGAGUAAAUGCUGCUUUGGAUAUUAAUGAAGUUGAACAAAGUCUUAGAACAUUAAUUGAGAAAACUAAAAGAGAAACUGAACAUACUAGAGAUUUGAUAAAGAACAUUUCAGCAACAGAAGCAAAUUUAGAUUUAAAAAUUGCAAAAAGACGAGAGGAUCUAGAGAGAAAUUCCAAAAGACUUAACACUUUAAAACAAGUGAGGUAAAUAUAUGUACGCUUUAUAAUAUUUUGUUUUAAAUAAAAAUAUAUAUGUUACAGGCGAUUUGAACCAUAAAUAUAAACAAAUUAAUUAGCAAUUUUUAAAUAUUUUCUACUUCUUACAUAUAUUUUAAAAUAAUUAUAUACCUACCUAAUUAAAGUUAUUAUUACAAAUAAAAUGUUUUGAAACACCCAGUAUAAUCUCCGUAUUUUUAAAUUGAAGAUAUACAUCCGAUAUAGUCGUAUACCGUUAGCUAGCCAUAUUGGAUGUUAAAAGUAUAAGUCAGUUGAUAAAAACCAUGUAAAUUGUAUGUAAAUAAAUAAGUAAUAAUAAAUUAAAAACUGAAAAAGAAGUGGUUGGAUGUGAUUUAGAAUGAUAUAAGGACAACUUAUGUGUGUGAGGUGGGAGAUCAGAUGAAAUGGAAGUUUAGAUUGAGGGUGGUCGACCCCAAAUAGUUGGGAUAAAGAAGUAAUAAUAAAUAUAGCACAACAAAAUUAUUAACUUAGGUAUUUAAAUUGUUUAAUUAACUUAUUUAUAAUCGUGAUUAAAAUUGCCUAGGUAAUAUGGACAAUAAUUUUUCUAUUAUCAUUUUGGCACCAUUAAUACCAGUAUUAUACACAAAUAUUUUACUUGAUUAUAUAGUCUAUUUUAUUAUAAUCUGAAACACAGCAACAAAAUAAAAUGCAUGUGAUUCUAAAGAUUAAUUUACCAAUUUUCAUCCUUUUUUAUAACUGAAUUUCUAGCAAUCAAAUUUAAAUUGUUUUAAUAAUACAUAAUGGAAAGAAAUAAUACUUUACAUUUGGAUUCUGGAAUUCACAGAAAAUAUUAUUUGUUAAAUUUUUGUUUUUAUAAAAUUAAAAUGCCUUUUAUCCGAGUACAUAGAAAAUUGGAUAGUUACACUUUGGAGAUUAUUUUAAAUAUUUCACCUUAAGGUUAAAAUUAUGUAUAGAAUAUCAUAAAAAGAAAUUUAAUUUAUGUACCUUAAUUUAUGAAUCUACAGCAUGAAUAAAAUAACUUUUUAAGGCCAGCGUUUUUAGAGGAGUUUGAGGAUCUUGAAUCUGAACUUAGAAAUUUGUAUCAAGAAUAUAUAACAAGACAAAGAUGUAUAAGUUAUUUAGAGCAUCAACAAGAGCAAGUAGCUCAAGCAGAAUUAAUACAUAUACAAGAACAACAAGUAAUUUUAUAUAAUGAAUAAGAUAUUAAGAUUUUUAUAAUUAUUAUUUUAUAAGGAAAUGGCAAAGAAAAUAAUUGAAAAUAACAAACAAGAUGACGAUUUAAAACUAUUAGAAGAUGUUAAUAAUGAGUCAUUUAAUAAUCAAUUUUUAGAAAAUCCACCAGACAUCAGUAUUAAAGGAAGAGGCAAGUUAAAAACUGCAAGUCUUGUGUUAAUUAAAAUAUCAUAAUAUUUAACAAUUUUAAUUUGGGAGAGGAUACUUUAAGUAACCAGAAAAUUGAAUAUGUCAAUUUGAUUUCAGACAUUUCAGCGCAAUAAAUUAUAGUACCUACAUUAGGUAUUUAUUUAUUUCUGAUGAUAUAUUCACACAAAUUAAGUGAAUUAGUAUUUUCUUUAACAAAAUUGAUAAUAAAUAAAUAUUAAUACUAAAUUAGUUAUUUGGUAUUUUUGCAAUUUGUUAUUAUUAUUGACAUGUAAGUAUACUAUUGUUUAAAAAAAAAAUAUUGCGCUGAAAUGACAUUGAUCUUAAUACUUAAUCUAUUCUCGCUUAUGAAUAUUCAAUCAUUAUUAGUUUAAAAGGAUUGUUAAAUAUUUUUUAUUUAAUGUUAAAAGUUGAGAACACAAAAUGAUAGACAUGUUUAUUUGUAUAUAUUUGAGCAACUUUAAAAAAUUAAUCUUGUGAAAGUCUGAAACAUUUAAAAAGUUUGCUUCUAUACUUUAUAGUUAGUAGUGCAGCAACAAGUAGAAAUCGUAGUAUGUUUGGACGUUUAUCAGACAGUGAAACAGACUCUGAUUUAAUGUUGGACGACGAAGAGGAUUCGAACAUAAUGGCAUCCGAUGGAGAACUAUCAACUUCAAGAACUGAAAAACUAGGAAGCAAUCAUAGCGAUAGUGAUAAUUGAUAAUAUAUAUAAAUGUUUUUUAGAAAAUAACAUGUAUUACUAUUGUUAAAUGUAAUCUUUGAAUUAGACAUAUUAUUAUAUUUUUUUAACAAUCUGCACGACAUCUUCAUCAUUUAAUACAUGAUCUUUUCCAACCUUUUGCGGCAUAUGUUUAACAGAUGAUCCCCAAACUAGAGCACUAAAUAAACACAUAUUGUAUUUAAUUAUAAUCAAUCAUCAAAUAAAAAAAAAAAUUUAAGUACUUACUACUUAAAUUCUUUAGCAAUUGUCCGAUGAAGUUUGUUACAAAAAUCUUCAAUACUUUUCCUUUCAUUAUGUAAAACAAUUGGUGAUCCAUAGUCCGGUAGUUGUCCUUUAGGUUUAGUGUAAC